AUGCAUUUCCUGACGAUGAUCUGUCAUGCCUUGGCUCUGUUUGCUAUGCUGAGCUGCGUUUCUGGCUUCAACUUCGAUCCCGUCUUUGAUGUCUUGGAUCAAGCGCCGCCUCUCGUCCAAGCAGCCUUUGGGCUUCGAUUCAAGCGUCAAAAUACCACCAUCAUUACCCCAACUACAGGGAUUACAGAAACAACAGUACUAUCGACCCCGGCGACAGUCACAGGUGGCGGAGGCAUUACGACUUCAAAUGGAGGAUCUACCGGCGGUGUUACCAUCUCUAUUCCUAUCGGUCCCGUAUCAACAACAUCGCAGAGCCCAGCUGCUGCAAGUACUAGUACCGGAUGCGCUGCAGGAUCUGUAUCUCUCGACGGCGGCUGCUGUCCUUCAGUCUCACUUCGAAAAUGCAACGGUGCAACAGUUUGCACAUCAGCCUGCGCAAUCAGUACGAACCCAACCUCCAAAUCGGCCGCGGCACCUUCCACAAGCUCCAACCCCAUAAGAUCUCCCGUCCUAACAUCUCCCUCUCCUACAGAUAAUUCGCCCCCGUCCACAAAAUCCCAGCCAACGAACCCCGCCAACAGUCCAGCACAGUCACCCCCCAACUCACCAAAUCCCACAGUCACAGUCAUAGGAGGCCAAACGCCCGGGUCCUCCCCUUCCAGCCCCUCAAACCCAAACAACCCCAACCCCAACCCCGCAAAUUCAAUCCCACCAACGACCUCCUACCAAGCCUUCACCGUAACCAUCUCCGGCACCCCCCUCGUAACCUCCACACCUCUCCCGCUCCCCACAGACUCCUCCUCGAACGCUCCCCCGGGCGGACUUCCGACCGCCGCAAAGGCCGGGAUCGGUGCCGGGAUCGCCCUGGUCUUCUUGCUGCUGUUGGCGCUGUUUUUGUGGUUGAUUUUCUCGCGGAGGGGGAAGCAAGCUAGGGAGGAAGAAGGAGCGGGAGUGGAUGAGAUUGCUGUUGGGAGUGGGAAGGAGUCGGCGCCCAGAGAUCGGGAGUCGCGCCCGCCGGCUUAUAGUCCUGGUCCUGGCCCUCGCCCUGGUGCGGGCGAGGAGUUGGAUGGCCGGGGUGUUAUGGGAGGAGGAGUGAUGAUGGGAAGAGGAGAGAUGAUGGGAAGAAGAGAGAUGAUGGAAAGGGAAGAGAUGAUGAGAAGAGGAGAGAUGAUGGGAAGAGGAGAGAUGAUGGGCAGAGGGGAGAUGAUGGGAAGAGGAGAGAUGAUGGGGAGAAGAGAGAUGAUGGGAAGGGAAGAGGUGAUGGGAAGAAGAGAGAUGAUGGGGAGUGAAGGGAUGAUGGGAAGAGGGGAUAUGGGAGGGGAGGGGGGAAGGAGGGAACAGUAUGCGGAGGCCGAAGGGGAUUGGGAGGUGAGGUAUGAGUUAAGCCCAACUGUUGAAAGAUAUAGUGAGAUGCCUGCUGUGGAAGUGUUUAGAGGUCAUGAGAUGGAUGCGAAGGGGGCUAGUUGGACCGUUGACGAUUCGAGGCAUUGA